AUGUUACCAUACGUCGCCUACAAGUACGUGAAAAAUAAACGAGAAGCAACCAAGCGUGAAAUGGAUUCAGUUUUGGAAUCGCUAACCUCGAAUUUGUCACGGUCAAUGAUCCCGGAUCAAGUCGUCCUUCGUAUAUCAGGAGUGUCGACGAAAGCGAGUGAUGAUCUAAAUGAUUACAUUCCUGGUGUGUUAUCUAUUGUAGAAAAGGCUGUUGGUGUAUUCAUUGAAUGGUCACCUUGCGAAGAAAACGGAGCAACUUACGGUCCAGAUACAUCUGGAUGGGUUCUGGCUGAGGAUGGUGGAGAGACGAGGACUCUUCAUUCACCAUCGAAUAGUCCUGAACGGGUGACUGGCGAGUUGAUGAACAGACUCGCAUUCUCUUUGGAUGGCGAAGGACUCCAUACAUACGUGAUUUGUAAGAUGGUAGCAGCUUCACCCCACUAUAUUUUACCACGGAAUCAACAGUGGGCUUUGUCGACAUACAUUACAUUGCGGAGGUCUGCUCGUGAACCAAAUCUUGUCCUAGUUGUGGAUGGAAAGACAGAGGCACUUGCUCAGAGCGUAAUCGCUUUGGGACAGAACGACGAUGUUUUGUCGAUGAUUCCUGCUCUGCUUGACUCGGAUGAAGUAAGCCAAGAAGAGCAAAUACGCGCAAUGCGAGAACUUUGUCAAAGAGAAGAUGAUGCUUCAAAACUUCGGGUAAAUCUGGAUGCUAACUCGGAGUUCGAGCUUGUCACCCAACUUGAACUUCCACCUCGUCCUGAAAUUUAUAGAGAGUCACCAGUUACUCAGGAAAUCUGGGACAAAUUCAAAAUGGCUGACGGAACUGUUGAUCAGCCGAACAUUCACCACCUGAAGAUGAACGUGGAUCCUGAUUUGCGUAAAGAGGCAUGGAAGUACUUGCUCGGUUACAGAGCUUGGGAUGAAACUAAUAGCCAGUUUGAUAAGAAACGAGCAAAACUAGCAAAAGAGUACGAAAGGUUGAAAGCUCAGUGGCUGUCCAUCAGCGAAGACCAGGAGUCACGUUUCUUUAGCUACAGCCAGCGAAAGGGUCUUGUA